AUGUCAACUCUUGUAUUCCUACUGAUUGGAACUGUUUAUUUCGUCCCAUCAAUCCAAGGAUGUGCUGACUUAAUUGAUUUUUGUGAUGCCCUCUCUCCAAUAUGUGCUGGAUCAAUCAUUCAAUACCACUUUGAGCAACUUGAAAGUGUAGCUCAGCAGAUUGAGAACAACUCUGCAAUUCCAGCGCUAGAGGAAUCCUUGCCAAAAGUUGAAAGUAGUUUACCUCUUGUUGGAACAACAGGAGAAGGAGCACAAGAAGCAGAAUCGGGGUUUGAGAAAUCUCUACCCUUAUUGAAAGAAUCGUUACCGCUCAUACGGGAAUCUCUUCCACUCAUUCGGGAGUCUCUCCCACUCAUACGUCAAUUCGUUGAUCCUUACUACUUGCAAAGUGAAAAAACAACGUGUCAACGAAAAUCCAACUGCAAAACAUGUCGUGAAUGCCCGAAACUCCGUGAGAGUACAGUCUCUUUCAUAGAAUCGCUAUGUCCACAGACAUGUAAAGUCUGUAACAAAGACUUCUCAUCUGAAGACGCUGCCAAAACUCUUGUGGACUAUUACAUUUGA